UAGUCACUUCUCCAUGAGUUUUUUAUUAAUGUGGGGGAAACUUCAUGAUUUCGAUUCUGUUAUUAAGACAACUUGUGAUGAAAUAAAAUUCUGCUAGACCCUUUAAAUACUGGGGUUUGAACUAAGUCCCGAGCUUUGUUGCUACUUCAAGUCUCUGGAGAAAAUUUUGGCUGAUGCUAGGGGAAUUCGGUUUCAAAAAUCAACAUCCUUUGCAAUUGAUAAGGUCAUACGAGAAUGGGAAACAAGCCUGUGAAGGAGGAAAAGAGGGAUGAAAUCAUGUUGAAGAUCGUGCCUCCUUUGGACAGAGCUUAUGUCCAUUGGCUAGCACGUGACCUUGAGAGGAUCCACGGCUAUACUCCGAGGAAUGCCCGCGCUGUGAGGCCUCCUGAUCAUUAUAUCGAGUACAUGCACUUGAAUGGGUGGCUGGAUGUGGACUUGGACGAUCCCGAUCUAGCUCAUCUGUUAAAGUAGAUAGACAUGGUGUUUGCUGAGUACACAAGCCCUUCAUUUCAUUGUAUGUGCAUGUGUAUUAUCCAUGUUCGCCCUAUUGGACUCUAUGGCAAACGUAUCAAGAGAGGUUGAUGUUGUAAUAUUUGCACACUGGAUCUCACAACCAAUCUGGUCCUUCGAGCUUAUUAUGUGAUCAUUGAUAGAGCA